AUGUCCUCUGCCGCACGAGAUCGUCCUCUGUUACAUGUCCCGUCUGAACCGCAGAAGACCGAGACAAGCUUGUUUCGUGAGCACAUCAAUGCCAAAUAUGGGCUGCACCUGGAGCACUACGGGGACCUAUACAAGUGGUCUACUUCUCCGCAGAGCUACGACAAAUUCUGGGAAGAAGUCUGGGAAUGGACCGGCGUGAUAGGCGAUAAGGGAUCUAUUGGGGCUGUCGACACAUCUCUAAGGAUCGAUGAUGUGCCCCCGUUCUUUCCUGGAUCGUCUCUAAAUUUUGCGGAGAAUCUGCUGAGGCAUGGACAGUCAACUAAAGUUGCACUUGUUCAGGCAGUGGAGCCAACUCCGAAUAACCUUCCACCAAAGGUCAGAAGUGUGACCUACGCAGAGUUAAACACUCUGGUAGCAAGGCUUGUGAAUAACCUACGAGGAUAUAUUAAUCCAGGGGACAGAGUUGCCUCUUAUUCUUCGAACAACAUCGAGAACAUUAUUGCCUGCCUUGCCACCACAGCUCUUGGCGGAAUCUGGGUCAGCGCUGCGGCACAUUUUGGAGCAGAUGGUGUCCUCGAGCGCCUGGAACAGGUGAAACCCAAGAUCGUGUUUUCUGUUGACGGGACUGUUUACAAUGGUCGAUGCCAUGCACACAUCCCAAAAUUGGUCUCUGUGCUUUCUCGUCUCAGUAUCCCCCCUGAGAAGGUCGUUAUCAUUCCAGGCCUUCCCCAAUCCGAGUGUCCUCCAGCCUACGAGUUUCAGCACAACUGGAUAUCUUGGGAUAAAUUCCUUGCACCAGAGUCUGCUGUGGAGGGUCUUCCUAUCAAAUUCUUCAGAACAGCUUUUGACUGGCCUCUGUGGAUUCUCUUCAGCUCAGGAACCACUGGGAGACCAAAACCAAUUGUACAUCGAGCAGGAGGAAUGCUGCUCCAGCUAAACAAAGAGCUACUUAUAUGCGGCGACUUCAAAGCAUCCGAUGUAUUCUUUUAUUAUACCACGACAGGCUGGAUGAUGUGGAACUAUCUCAUUGCCGGACUUACAGCCGGAUGCAGUUUGGUUUUGUAUGACUGUAGCCCUUUGAAAGACCCGUCUAUCUUAUGGAGGUUGGCUGAACAAUGCAAAAUAACUGUUUUUGGAACAAGGUCCGUAUUGCCAAAAGUGUACGAGCCUCGCGGACAGCAUGAUCUCUCUUCGAUCCGGAUGAUCAUGUCGACGGGGUCACCCCUAGCUGCAUCACAAUAUGACUACGUUUACAAUCACAUACAACCCAACUCGGUCCUAGCCUCGAUUUCUGGCGGAACCGAUAUUUGCUCCCUAUUUGUUGGCCAGAACACGUCGCUUCCUGUCUAUCGGGGUGAGGUACAAACUCGAAUGCUAGGAAUGGGUGUUACUGUCCAUCCAACUCCAGUAUCGACAUCGAAUGAGAAGGAUAUCGAAGGAGAACUGAUCUGCACCCUUCCAUUCGUCGCACAACCACUUGGCUUUUGGCCCCUUCCGGGAUUCGGAUCCGAUGAGGAAGUCAAGGCUGCAAAGAAGAGGUAUAUGGAAGCAUACUAUCAGGAGGUGCCUGGUGCCUGGUACCAAGGAGACCACAUCAUUGUAACUGCGUCGAGGAUGCACAAUGCUGGUGGCGUCAUCAUGCUCGGUCGAUCAGACGGUGUUCUUAAUCCUGGCGGUGUAAGGUUUGGAAGCGCCGAAAUAUACUCUGCGAUAUCGAUCUUAGACGAGAGCCCCGUCGGGGUCGCUAUCUCCGACGCAUUGGUUGUUGGAUUGAAAGUCCGGGGAGGUGCAGACGAGAAAGUCGUGCUAUUUCUGAAGAUGAACACUAAUUGGCGUUCUUCGCCCUCAUGGGAAGAGAUAGUCCAGGCAGUGAAGAAGGUCAUUCGAGAAAGACGCUCCCCACGACACGUCCCGGACUGGAUCAUUCAGGUCAACGAUAUUCCGUACACCCUGAACGGGAAGCUGGUAGAGGUGACGGUCAAGAAGGUUAUCAACGGAGCACCUCUUUCUACGAUCAACGCAUCUACAUUGCGGAACCCGCAGUGCCUGCCGGAAUAUGUUGAGCACGGAAACAAGCUUCGUCUUGAGGCAGGCGUCGACAACAGCUACAAAUUGUAA